AUGAACGACAAAGAGAUGGGGGAGCCACCCAUCGCCGUGGAGGACGUCACGGAGCUCCACGAGUUCAAAAACGCUGAAGGCUAUGUGAUCGAUGCCAGCGAUCCCGAGCAUGCCAACCUCAAACGAGCCCGCGAUGGCCAUACCAUUCUUCUGCCUCAACCGUCGUCCGACCCCAACGACCCGCUCAAUUGGAGCCGCUGGAAGAAACAUAUCAUCCUCAUCAUCAUCUCCAUGACAGCAUUUCUGCCAGACUAUGGCAGCGCCACAGGAGCGGUGACGCUGCUCCCGCAAGCAGCCGUCUGGGGCAUGACUCCCGACCACGUCAACCACUCGCAAGUCGGCAAUGUCUUUAUGCUGGGCGCAGGCGGCGUCGUCGUGGUCGCCCUCUCCGCUUACUUCGGUCGUCUCCCGGUUCUGUUCUACUUCCUCAUUCUGGCCACCGCCACGGCCAUCUGGUGCGCGGCGGCCAAGACGUUCGAGUCGUUCAUGGCUGCUCGCAUCCUGAACGGAUUCUUCAGCACCGUUGCGCAGGGAGGAGGCCUGAUGUUCAUCUACGACAUGUUCUUCUUCCACGAACGAGCAAGGAAGAUCAACAUCUGGGCCGCGUUCAUCAUUCUGUCGCCCUACUUUGGCCCAUUGUUCGCCGCCUUCAUCAUCAGCACGCAACCUUGGCAGGUGCCUUUCUGGGUCUACGUUGCAGAGACUGCUCUAUGCCUCGGCCUCACAAUCCUCUUCGUCGACGAAACAUACUACGACCGGCGCAUUCCCGCAUCCUCGCAGCCUGCCCGCGGCAGCAAGGUCUCCCGCCUAUUUGGCAUUUCGCAAUACAGGUCGCGACACCUGCGCAACACAAUCGGCCAAGCACUAAUGCGCCCCGUGAAAGUCGUGUUGAAGCCGACCGUGUUCAUCUCGUGUUUCUACUACCUCCUGACAUUCGCGUGGGUGGUUGGGAUCAACACGACGCUCUCCAUUUUCCUGACACCCCUCUACAACUUCGGCCCGAAGCAGAUCGGGUAUUUCUACUUCACGCCGAUCGUGGCGGCCUUGUUGGGUGAAGUGACAGGGCACUGGCUGCACGACUAUCUGGCGACAAGCUACAUCCGCCGAAAUAGCGGCCAUUUCGAGCCCGAAGUCCGACUGCGUGCCAUCUGGAUCUCGACGCCUUUCAUGAUUGCCGGCCUGGUCGGGCUCGGGUUCGCCCUCGAGGAAGGCUACCAUUACAUGGUCACUUCCUUGUUCUGGGGCCUGUAUGUCUACGGCAUCAUGAUCACCACUGUCGGUCUGAACGCCUAUAAUCUCGACAGCUACCCCGAGGCGUCGGGCGAGGUGGCAGCUUGGAUCAAUUUCUCUCGCACGGCAGGCGGCUUCAUCGUCUCCUAUUUCCAGGUCACUUGGGCUGAGGCUCAGGGGACGAAAGUCAGCUUCGGGAUUCAAGCCGCCCUCUGUGCUGGAGCCUUUCUCUUGAUCUUGUUCCUCCAGUUGUUUGGGAAGAGGUUGAGGGUUAGCAGUGGUGCGUUGAACUUUGCCACUGCCUGA